ACAGGUUUUACAUUAUUGGGUGUUCGGACAAUUGGUCCAAAAACUUGACGUUUUUUUAAUGAUUUCAAUUCUGCCUGAAUUGCAUCUUUUCAUUUUGGCCAAUCACUUCUUUUUGGCAGCGCACUUCUCCGAGGAAUGGCUGCCAUUUUGUAAGAAGUUCAAAGUGGAGCCAAGGUCACCAGAGGCAUAUUUUCGGAUGGCCGCCACCAAUCCACCAUCUCAUGAUUCUUUCAUGACCAAGGACUGGUUGAUGAUCAAGAUAUUAAUCAAUGGAAGAGAUCCAGAAGCCGUGGAUGUUCAAGGACAAGCUUUGCCAACCCUGGUAUACUUGGCACGUGAAAAGAGGCCUCAAUAUCACCAUAAUUUCAAAGCAGGAGCCAUGAAUGCUUUGAUAAGGGAGUCCUCAAGGAUAAGCAAUGGACCAGUAAUUCUUAAUGUUGACUGCAACAUGUAUUCAAAUAAUUCCGAAUCAAUCAGAGAUGCUCUCUGCUUUUUUCUGGAUCAAGAGAAAGGGCAUGAGAUUGCUUACGUGCAAUAUCCACAGAACUUCGAUAAUAUAACUCAGAAUGAGAUUUACGGUAAUUCCCUGAGAGUAAUAAUGGAGGUGGAACUCCCGGGGAUUGAUGGCAAUGGAGGGCCUUGCUACAUUGGAACAGGAUGCUUUCAGCGGAGAGAGACACUACUUGGUGGGAAGAAGUACAGCAAGGAAUUCGAGACUGAAUGGAGAUCAGAGAACAAUAGGAACAGCGAAGAAAGUUCUAAUGCCCUGGAAGAAUUAUGCAAAUCUCUUGCAAGUUGUGCAUUUGAGCAGAACACAGAGUGGAGGAAGGAGAUGGGUUUGAAAUACGGCUGUCCGGUGGAGGACAUAAUCACAGGACUGUCUAUACAAUGCAGAGGUUGGAAAUCCGUCUACUUCAUUCCAGAAAGGAAGGCCUUCUUAGGAGUUGCUCGCACAACUCUUUUGCAGAGCCUAAUACAACACAAGAGAUGGUCUGAAGGUGAUUUUCAGAUUUUCCUAUCCAAAUACUGUCCCUUGGUUUAUGGACAUAAAAGGAUCCCUCUGAAACUUCAACUUUCCUAUGGUCCCUACAUCCUAUGGGCUCCCACCAGCUUAGCUAUGCUAUAUUAUGUUGUUGUGCCAUCCCUUUGCCUCCUCAAAGGCAAAGCUUUAUUUCCGCAGAUAUCAAGCCCUUGGGUCCUACCAUUUCCCUGUGUGGUCCUUGCAAACCGAGCAUACAGCCUAUGGGAAUUUCUAGGCUGCGGAGGCACAUUGCAGGGGUGGUGGAAUGAGCAAAGGAUUUGGAUGUUCAAAAGAACAACUUCAUACUUAUUUGCCUUCCUUAGCACUAUCCUGAAGCUACUGGGAUUAUCUAAGGCAACAUUUGCCGUAACAGAAAAGAUGGUGGAUAAGGGUGUGUCUCAGAGAUAUGACUGCAUUGGAGCAAUGAAAAGGGCUAUCGUCGAUAAAAAGGCCUUGGACCUACUUGCUUUGCAGAUACUUCUAAGUGGCCUCUUGGUUUGCCUAAACCUGCCUGUGUACAAAGGGCUGUUCUUUCGUAAGGACAGUGGCAGCAUGCCUCCCUCAGUAACACUCUUCUCAAUCAUUUUCCCUCUGUUAGCAAGCACUAUAGCCAUGUACUAAAUUACUCUAAUCACAUGUUAAGAAUAAAAAGCACCUGCUCCCACAGCAAAUGUUUUAGGUUAAUAAGACUUCAGUCUCUUU